AUGAUCGAAGAGGAAUAUUUUAGCGAAGAAGAAGAAAAUCAAUAACAGCAAUAAACUAAAUAGCCGGAGGAAAAUUCUUGGCGCCCUACACAAACAGAGACAUAGGAAGAAUAAACUAAUGCUGCAGCUUUAGAAAGCGAACAACAUGAAUAAACAAAUUAGAAGUAAUAGAUUCAAUUAGUCUACAUGAGCAGAGCUGAAAGAGAGAAACUAAGAUAAAAAGAGGAAGAAGAUAGGAAAAAGCGUGAAUAGUAAAAGCUGAAAUAGGAAAAGCAAAUUAGAGAAGAAUAUGAAAAGUUUAAAUACAAAGAAUGGAAGAGAGAAUAGGAAAGGGAAGAAAGAAAGAGAGAAAGAGAAUAAAAAGAGAGGGAAGAAAAAGAAAAAAGAAUGAGAGAAAAAAGCAAGUCUCGUUCUAGAUCUAGAUCUGACAGUAGAGAUAGAGAUUCGAAGUAUAUGACUUCCAACACUAGAGCAACUGAAAAAAUAGCAAUUAUAAAUUCUACUGAAGACCCAGAAAUUCAAAAUAUUAAAAUACAAUAUUUGGGUUUGAACAAAGAGAAAAAGAAGAUUUUAAAGCCAUCUGAAAAAUUCAAAAAUAUAUUUAAUUUUAAAUGGGAUAGCAGUGACGAUACUUCUGUCGAUUUUAAUCCUUUAUACAAAAAUAAGAUCCAGUCUAAUUUCUUGUUUGGUAGAGGUAUUUAAGCUGGUUAUGAUGUCAAAGAGUAGCUAGAAAAGAAUGUUAAGUAUGAAGAUUUGAUCCACAAAUUUGAUCCUGAGUACUAGAAAAAGAAAUAGGAAAAUAAGGAUAAAGAUAAAGAUAAAGAUACAAAGAGAAGCAUUUACGAUGUAACCACUAAAGACCAUUGGUCAUAGAAAAAAUUUGAUGAAAUGACAGAAAGAGAUUGGCGUAUUUUUAGAGAAGAUAACGAUAUUAUUAUAAAGGGUGGCAGAGUUCCUAAGCCUAUGAGAACUUGGGAAGAAGGUGAACUCCCUCCUUACAUAUUAGAUGCUGUCAGAAGAUCAAAAUAUGAAAAACCAACUCCAAUUUAAAUGCAAACCAUACCAAUUGGUUUGUAAAGAAAAGAUCUGAUUGGUAUUUCCUAAACUGGUACAGGUAAAACUUGUGCUUUCCUCAUACCUUUAAUUACAUACUUGAGAAGUUUACCUCCGAUGGAUGAAGAAAUAGCUAAAGAUGGUCCUUAUGCUCUUAUUUUAAUUCCUACAAGAGAACUUGCUCCUUAAAUCGAAAAAGAAUUCUAAAAUUUGACUUCGAAUAUGAGAAUGAAGAGUUUAGUUAUGGUUGGUGGUAAGGAUGAAGGAAACCAAGCAUUUAAGCUAAAAUUGGGUUGUGAACUUCUUAUCGGUACAGUAGGUAGAAUUAAAGAUGCUCUUGAAAAAAAUUAUCUCGUUUUAGAUUAAGUCUCUUGGGUAGUAUUGGAUGAAGCAGAUAAAAUGAUUGAUCUCAAUUUUGAACAAGAUGUCAACUUCAUUUUAGAUAAGAUUCGCACAAAUAUGAAGAGUGAAGAUGAAAAUAUGGCUGUUUUAUAAGAGUAGGAAGCAAAGGUUGGUGAAAAAAUAUUUAGAGUAACUCACUUGUUUAGUGCUACUAUGCCUCCUAAUUUAGAAAGACUUGCUAAAAAGUAUUUAAGAUCUUUUUGCUAUAUCAGUAUUGGUGAAGCUGGAGAUGCCAAAAAGGAUAUUGAACAAAUAGUUGAUUUCAUGUCAGAGGGUUAAAAGAAAUCAAGACUUCAAAAAAUUUUAGAAACGGCCAAACCUCCUAUUAUUAUUUUUGCUAACGAAAAGACAGCCGUAGAAAAGUUAUCAAAGAUUUUAGAUAGAUGGGGAUGGUAAAAUGUUAUCUAUCAUGGUGGUAAGACUCAAUAAUAAAGAGAAGCAGCUGUUGAUGGAUUCAAAAAAGGAAAAUAUGAUAUUCUUGUUGCUACAGAUCUUGGUGCUAGAGGUCUCCACGUUGAUGGAGUUAAGAUGGUUAUUAACUUUGAUGCUCCCAAAAAUAUAAAAGAUUUCAUUCACAGAACAGGUAGAACUGGUAGAGCAGGAAAACGUGGUAUUGCUUACACAUUCGUUACUAAUCAUAAUGAAGCAAUUAUGUAUGAUUUAAGAGAGUUCUUAUUCAAAAAUAAUUUUGAUAUCCCUUCAGAACUCGAUACUCACCCAGCUGCUCAAACAAAGCCAGGAACUAUUUCUGAAAACGUUCCUCGUAGUCAGUAAGUAAUUUUAGCCUAGUAAUGA